UGGAGUAUCGGCCCGCUUAUACAUUCCACAGCCUAAAGGGCACAGGUACAUCUCCGGGCGUAUAUCUAAACCCUAGUGUUAGGGUUCUUUUCACGGCUCUUUGUUUUCAGUGGGGAACUUUUGCGCCGUGUAGUCCCGAUUAACAGUAAGCAAUGGCGGUUCCAAAGCUUGAUAAGAAGAUCGUCAAGAAGAGGGUCAAGAAGUUCAAGAGGCCACACAGUGAUUGGAAAAUCUGUGUCAAGGAAAACUGGCGUAGACCAAAGGGUAUUGAUUCACGUGUGAGGAGAAAGUUCAAAGGUGUUACUCUUAUGCCAAAUAUUGGAUACGGAUCAGACAAGAAAACCCGUCAUUACUUGCCAAAUGGUUUCAAGAAAUUUGUUGUUCACAACGCCAAGGAGCUUGAAGUUCUUAUGAUGCACAACAGAACUUAUUGUGCUGAGAUUGCACACAAUGUAUCAACCCGAAAAAGGAAGGAAAUUGUAGAGCGUGCAGCACAGCUUGAUGUUGUUGUCACCAACAAGUUAGCCAGGUUGCGUAGUCAGGAAGAUGAGUAAGCUUUCAUGUGUUUUGUUUCUCAUUUAUGCAUUUUUGUUUUUGAUAUACCUUUUUUUAAGGCUAUUGAAAUGAAUUUUGUCAAAGAGUUAUUUUUUGUUCUAGUGAAUGAUGAUUGAUUGUUGUUUGUGAGAAUGAAUGAAUCCUCUUGGUACCAA